UUAUAUACUUUUUGUGUGUUUUACCCGAAUCGGGUAGAAAUCGGGUCAGAUCCAUUUACACUUUUGUGUUUCACAUAGACACAAUUUGAGCCACCCAGAUUUGAUUCCAUCUCCCUUGUUCCGAAAUCGAAUCUGGGAUUUUCAUCUUCAAUCUUUUGUUAAUUGAGAGAUGAAAUCCUGGGAUGAAGAUAUCUUUGGAAGAAAUAUGGUGAUGAAGAAGAACCCUCCAUCACUUGUUGAUCUCUGUAUAAAGAAAGCAAUAGAUAAUCUUAGGUAUCUUGGGGACGUAGGAGAAACCGAUAUUCGUCUUCUAGAUCCAAUCCUAUCUCACUGCACAAAGGAACAGUUGGCACACAUUGAGGAAUCAACCGUGGGAAGGGAUCUUAGCCAAGUGACCAACAGACUGUGGAAAAGAUUCUAUGAAACAGAUUUCGGUGUAAAGAGUGUCAAUCUUGUUAUUGAAAGAAUGCAAGAAAAGAAAGUAUCUUUUAAGUGGCAAAUGUUGUACGAGGCAAAGAAAAGGGAUAUGGAGGAGGCUCAAGAGAAGUCAUUCAAUAGAAUAAAGGAACUAUACAAACAAGAAGUUGAACGUAAACAGAAAAGACAAGUCAAGAUCUGUACAAAAGUUCCACCGAGUAGUAAAAGAAGCUUCUUUGGAGGUGGAUAUGGUCCAAGCAUAACUAACACGAAAAGCAACAUAUUGAAGAAGGCAAGAAUAGAAGUUCUUAAAAGUCAAGAGGUGAAGAAUUUAACAGCUUUGAAGAAGAAUACAGUGCAAAAGCAUAACUGCCUUCCUGCGAGAAAGCCACCCCUUAACCCUGGAAAGAGUUCCGGUUCAAGCUCAAAUCACGGUGGACCGACAGGACGAAGAUUCUAGAAGUCCUUACCCUUGUAUAUAUAUGAAAGAUGAGCGGAAUGAACAAAGUUGAACCUGAAAUCUGUGAAGAUUCGCAUAUUUUCGUAUCUUUCUAUCUGAAUUCAUUAUCAAUGGAAACAGAUUUCUCUGCAUCUUUACAAAUAAGACUAUUUCCCUUUGUAAGACUAGUUAUAUAUUUUGUCUUUGUCAGCAAAGACUGAUUUAAAGUUGCUUCAUUGCUUGU